AUGCGGUCCAAGCUCUCCUCCCUCCUCUACCUCUCAGCUCUGGCAGUCACUGCCGCCGCCGAUCCAACAUGGCCAAACGCCAUCGACGAUCUCGAGGAGAUCAUGUACCAAGUCUUCGACUUUAGGGCCCGCAAAUUCGCUGAUCUCGUCCAUCCCUGCGACAACCAAGGUUCCGGAGCCGGCCGCCAAAACGCCGCCGAGUGGCUCCGCACCGGCUUUCACGACAUGUCCACGGCGAACACAUUCUUCGGCACCGGAGGGCUCGACGGCUCGCUGCAGUACGAGCUGACCAACGGAGAGAAUGCCGGCCCCGGCUUCGGUAGGACACUGUCGUUCAUGGCGCCGUAUUUCAGCAAGAAGACGAGCGUAGCCGAUCUGAUUGCCCUCGGCGUUUACACUUCCGUGCGGGCUUGCGAUGGUCCUGUCAUUCCCGUUCGUCACGGCCGCGUAGAUGCUACGAGGAAGGGGAGUACAGGUGUGCCUCAGGUCGGCAACUCCGUCUUGACGUUUAAGCAGCAGUUCAGCCGGAUGGGCUUCGACGAAUUUGAGAUGAUCCAGCUUGUCGCCUGCGGUCAUUCCCUAGGCGGCGUUCACAGUACCGAAUUUCCUGCUCUCGUUCCUUCCGGCCAGUUCCCCAACGACCGGGCGCCUCUCGACUCAACUCCCGCCUCGUAUGAUAACCAUAUCGUGACGGAGUAUCUCGACGACUCUACCGACAACCCUCUUAUCAAGGGACCGUCGGUCGGCUUGGGCCACAAUUCCGACUUUAAAGUCUUCAGUUCGGACGGCAAUGCCACGAUGCAGGCCAUGGCCGACAACACCGUCUUCCAGAGCACUUGCCAGAAUGUCCUGGGACGCAUGAUUGACGUCGUGCCCAAGAACGUAGUGCUCACGAACCCCGUCCAGCCGUACAUGGUUAAGCCGGUUAACCUGCAGCUUCUUUUGAAUGCCGGCGGUGCCACUACACUUCAGUGGACUGGAUAUAUCCGCGUUCGCACGACGGAGCUGCCCCUGGCUGAUAUUCAGAGCCUGACGAUUACGUAUAAGGACCGAAAUGGGGGUUCGAACUGCGGAUCUUCAACUUGCUCGAGGACACUGACCGUCAGCGGCAUCGGUAGAGGCUUUGACGACUCUUUUGCUUUCUUCCCCAUCAACACGGCAAUCCCCGCCUCCAGCGGCAUCUCCUCCUUCACCAUCACCAUCAACAAGAAAAACGGCGACCAACUUCCCUUCGAUAACAACGGAAACGCCUACCCCAUGCAAGAUGCCGUCGUCCUCCAGAAGCAGCAAACCUGUCUCCUCCAGACCUCCGGCGCUUUCACGCUUACCGCCGCCGUGCGCAACGACGUUGCCGACCAGGCUGUCAGCGCGAAGAUUGCGUACAAGACGACGCGCGAUACGAGCCCUGUGCCACUGCUGCAGGAGAUGACGCUGGCGCUGAGCAAGGGGGAUUGUUAUGGUGGGUAUACCUUCUUUUCGGGGUCGACGACGAUUCCUGGGGCGUUGAGCUUCGAGUCGACGGUUGAUAUUAGUGCUGGGGAGUAUACCGAGGCGUUCAGGCGCGUUGAUGAGAUUGGGGGCUCAUGUAGGGAGUUUACUGGAGUGGCGACUUGCUCAUCCGCGAAUCCGUCGUCAUCGUUGUCCUCGUCGAGUUUGGUCGCCUCGACAAGCUCGGAAACUUCAGCUGUCCCCACAAGCGAUAGUACAUCAGCCGAUUCCUCGACCUCUGUCACUGCGAAUCCAUCGUCCUCAUCAUCCUCAUCACCCUCAUCUACUUCGGUCGCUUUGACAAGUUCGGAAGCUUCAGCUGUGCCAACGAGUGAUACAACAUCAGGAGAUCCUUCGACCGCUUCUUCUACCUCGUCUUCUACCUCGCCUUCCACCUCAUCUGAUGACUCUUCUUCCACUCCUUCUUCUGCCUCUUCCUCUACCUCUGGCUUUUCCUCUGCCUCUUCUUCCGUCUCCUCUACAUCUUCUUCUGAGCCUUCCUCUACAUCUUCUUCUACGCCUUCCUCUACGUCCUCCUCUGACUCUACCUCUAUCUCCUCUUCAGCCUCUUCCUCCUCUACUUCCUCCUCUACUUCCUCCUCUACUUCUGCCUCUCCUUCUUUCUCUACAUCUGACUUUUCCUCUGCCUCUUCUUCGACGUCUUCCUCGACGCCUUCCUCUGAUUCCUCCUCUCCAUCUGCCACCCCCACCCAAACUCUCCCCCACCACCGCCCAACAAUAGGCGGCUACACCCUCCUCUCCUGCUGGACCGAAGGCGCCAACAACAUCCGCGCCCUCAAAGAAGCCUCCUUCGCCUCCGACGCCAUGACCCUCGAAUCCUGCAUGGCCUUCUGCGCCGGCUACGUAUACUGGGGCACCGAAUACGGCCGCGAGUGCUUCUGCGGCGACUCCCUCGACGCCACGUCAUCCGAGGCGCCGCUUUCCGAGUGCGACAUGGUCUGCUCCGGAGACGAUUCUCAGUACUGCGGCGCUGGGAAUAGGCUGGAGCUUUACUCGACCACGGCGACGGGGGUGCCGACUGCGACUCCGACUCCGGAUGACCAUUUCCCCAGCCCCAUUGGGCCGUAUAACCUUGUGGGUUGCUGGAAGGAAGGGGCUAAUGGCGUGAGGGCUCUCGACGCGAAGGCUACCGCUUCUCCGGAUAUGACGCUGGAUAAGUGUGCGGAGUUUUGUGAUGGCUUCUGCGGCAACACCCUCCACCAAACCAGCUCCCCAGCCCCCAUCUCCAACUGCAACACCCCCUGCCCCGGCAACGCAACACAACACUGCGGCGCCGCCAACCGCCUAACCCUCUACCAACUCCCCGACUACCAGGAACCGCACCAUCCCUCCCCCAUCGGCCCUUACACCUUCGCGGGGUGCAGGACGGAGCUUGGCCCCGGCGCUAGAGCACUCUCCUCGGCGGCCUUCGCCGAUGAUGGCAUGACGAACGGGAUGUGUGCGGGCCUGUGCGAGGGCUAUGCGUUUUUCGGGACGGAGUACGCGAGGGAGUGUUUCUGCGGGAAUGAACUCGCAGAGGGGAGCGAGGUGGCGGAUGUGGGGGAUUGCGCGAUGGUUUGUGCGGGUGAUGGGGGUGAGCUUUGCGGAGGGCCGAAUAGGUUGUCGGUGUAUUCUUUGGGAGCUGUGUGA